UUCAUUCAUUUUCUAACAGCAACGAGGGUUGCGGGGGUGUGGGAGCCUAUCCCAGCUGUCUUCAGGCGAGAGGCAGGGUAAACCCUGGACUGGUUUACAACCAUUCCCCCCACAUUCAUACCUAUGGGCAAUUUGGAGUGGCUAAUUAACCUAGCAUGUUUUUGGAAUGUGGGAGGAAACCGGAGUACCCGGAGAAAAGCCACGCAUGCACGGGGAGAACAUGCAAACUCCACACGGAGAUGGUUGAGGGUGGAAUUGAACUCGGGUCUCCUAGCUGUGAAGCCUGGGCGCUAACCGCUCGUCAGCCGUGCAGCCACGCCUUGUGAUGUUUUUGGAAAUAAACAGCUAAAUGAAUGCAGCCAUCUUGACUGCCGUUAUUCAGACGCCGCUAAAAUAGUAACGCAGAGUGACUGUGGAAAAGUAACUUAAAUCAGAUGACUUGUUUUGAAAUCGUAACGCGUUAGAUUACCCGUAGCUGAAAAAAAGGUAAUGCAAGACAUCACUGAACAUGAGAGAUGCUAAACGAGCUCACCAUUGUGCUGGAAAUCCCAAAACACACACAGCGCCUUGUCAUCCGCCUACAAAACAACAGACAAGCUUAUUCAGAUCUCAUCCUGGCUUCUUGUCACGAGAAAGCCACGGGGGUCUCACCUGUUUGGCUUUUAGAUGGCGUAGCGUGACCACCACCCUGUCGCCAUCAUUCAGGUUGCUGACAUGGCUGCCGUUGAUGCUUGCAGACACAAUGUAAGAGUUCAACGACAAGCUGCUGUGUGUUGAUGUGCUGGUUGUUUGCGGGUCCUGUUGAAAAUAUGAAAAGGCUGAUUCAUAAACAGAGGUGCGUGAAAUUCAUCCAAUGAGUUGUUAGGGUAAUGUACAUGUUCUCAUUGUGUUACGAAUGUUGUAGGGCAGGGGUGCUCAUUAAGUCGAUCGCGAGCUACCGGUCGAUCGCGGAGGUGGUACUGGUCGAUCGCUGGUCGAUCGCGGCGUGACAUUAAAAAAAUAUCAUCCCAGCAUCAAUGCCGUCACUUGAUUGAUAUACAGGGCAGCCAUUCAGAUGACAACUGAAUGUUGCCCUUCGGGCGACCAAUCAAAUCAAACGACGUCUCUAAGUGCAGCAGAACUUACGAUGUCAGCCUAUCAUCCAUCCCCGUUACUUGAUUGACAUACAGGACAACCAGUCAGAUGACAACUGAAUUUUGACCUUUAGGUCACCGCUCAUGCGUAAACAACGAUGCAAAGUGCGAAGCUAGUCGGCGAAUUGCGAGAUUUUAAGCCCUCGCUAAAGUUUAUGGUCACUAAAAUGAGUGAAGGAGCUGGACCAAGUAAAAAGGCAAAAACUGGACCAAGUAAAAAGGCAAAAAACAUAUCACUUCCAUACGGAUAUGGAAUAUUAUACGGAUAUUAUGAUACGGAUAUUAUCCAUGACUGAUAAACAUUUGGAAGUGUGCUUGAGGCUGGCUAUCAGCAGCUACUGUCCGGACUAUGCAUCCCUGGCUGGUUCAAUUCAGUGCAAGUCAUCAAAGUAAACUCAGCUCGUGUCGACUGACAUACCAAGAGUCAGGUUGAUAUCUAAAGGCUCCCCUGUUGUUGACUUAUUAGGAACCCUCUGCGUUGGCGCUACUUCUGUAAGAACGACUGUCCAGGGCCAGAGGGUCUGUUUUUUUCCAACUCUUGUCUCCACCACCCUCCUAUGUCCUGGCCUUCAGAGAACCAUAUACCCGACUCCAUGCAGGAACUGCCCCAUAAGUCCCAGGAAGCUGUUGAAGGGAAGCUGGGUGGCCCUUUGGAUUCUGCACCUUGAUGUUUCUUGCCAGGAUACAUGAAGCUGCGGAGAAUACGUAGGUAGUGCGAUGGUUUCUGAACCUCUGUGUUUGAUGGCGGUGUUGCAGCACUACAUUUAGGGUCAGUACUUUUUUACUGCAAAUAUAGGCUAGCACAUCAGUGCUAAAGCUGAUGUAUUUAUUGUGGUGCUGUGCAAUCAUGUACAUAGUUUUAUACCGCAUCUUUAUAAUAUAUUUAUUUCACACUCGCAUGAAGUUUAUGAUUGAGAAAAGAGUCUGGUGGUAGACAGAUAUUUCUGAUGAUGAUGAUUAUGAUGAAGUGGCUUUUUUUGGACAAAAAUAAACCUGGCAAGGGUAAGGUUUAUUUUUUGCAUCCAUUGCUUGGCUUCUGUCAAUGUUUAACAAGCAGUACUGGGUAGUAACAGUUAGUAACAGAUAGUUUCUGAUCCGAUACCGAGUAAAAGUCCGAAUGGUAUCAGUGAUACCAAGACGAUACUUUGUGAAAAUUCACCUAAUGCAUUGGGGAUAUUUUAAAAAGUGGAGUAUUUAAUGUCAUAGCACAAACAAUAUAAGACAUUUAAUGAAUUUAUUCAUGAAAUGAUCAAAUAAAGAAUUGAAGAAAUGUAUUUCUGUGAAACCCUACUAUAUUGAGGUAGCAGGGUGAUUUACAAUAUAACAAACAGGACAGUAUCGUAAUAAAUACCUGAAAAUGGCAUUUAUUUCUUUAGUUUUUCUUGAGUUUCUCCCUAUAAUGAUACGCGAAACGUCAUCGUCGACAUUGCCACAUUGGAAAGAAAGAAAUGCGAGUUGAUUCCUCCCGUCCAUUCAUUCACAAACGCAGUGAGUGUUCUGCACCCAAAACAAUCUACGUUGAUAUUUACCGGCGCGCAAAUGAUGACCUCAUCAAAUGGCGUCGUGAAGCGGUAAACAAGCGCGGGUGGCUGUCAAUGGCUGCUGUCAUUGGAAUUGUUUCCUAGCGUUGCCUUCAGUACUUCCAAUUCCAUCUCCCACCCAGGGGGAAUCAUUCAUUACGUGGUAUUUGUGCAGCCAAGUAACGAAGGAAAAAACACACUUAAGGACUCAACUGGGAAAAAAACGAAAUAGGACAGAGACCACCCGGGACGAGAUCAUCAUUCCUAUCUUCAUGGAUGGAAAGUAUCGCACCGGAUAAGCAGCCCUCUUUGACCGUGGGAGACGCCGGGAUUGUCUGAACUUGUGGAGAUCCAGAAGCCACACUUUGCCAGGCCCAAUCGCAAUCCUGCACGGUGGGCGUCAGAGUCUGGAACCACCUGAUGACACACCAUGGUGAAUAGAACACACACGUGUGUGUACAUCACUCCCCGGUGGAUGGGCAUCAGACCUUGGAUAUGAAGAUGCCCAACUGCGAGGCCUUUCCGCCGCGGAUGUUGAAGCCCAGCUGAGCUCCUGGAGGUUUCUUCAAGACGAUGGUGCGGGGAAGGAACUGGAACAAUGUGUGGGAACCCACCCUCAAGACCACCCUGAAGAUGUUUAGCUUCUGCACAGGCGUUGUCAAACCUCCCAUCUUGGGUUCCACCCUUCCAUCCUGCACCCAUUCACCGCAGAGACUUGGCAACCAGUUGAUGGGGGCAUGCAGAACGGGAUGGGACACACGUGAAGAGUUGCAUCUUCAUGUCACGCCCCGGGGAACUUAUGAGGGAGAAGAGACGCAACCAUUGAUGGAGGUGGAGGCUACCUGGUGUAGGUUACCUUUGGGUACGUUGACUUGGUUAAAGACGGACAGUAAAGUAUGUUUUUGUUUCUUUGAACGUACGAAGGAGCAAAUCCAUCCAACAAUCCAGAGAAACAUGAACGUUUGGCAACAAUGGAGAUCCAGGUGACGCAAACAAGCACCGUCAGAUGUUGCUGCGUGGAUUAUUGUUGUUGUGUCAGUCAAACAGCACACACCCAAUCCGCCCUUGUUGUUUUCCCUCAUCAAAUACCCCGGCCCUUUUGUUUUGAACUCUCCCGUCGCCCCCCCGCUGUGAUCCCAGCGUCCGCCACUGUCUCUUUGUGCUGCUGCCGCUAACGUGUGACAUCACUCUCCCAGCUCCCAUGGAGUUCCCAUUGUGAGCCGAGCCAGCGUCCCCGGCUCUCGGCUCUGUUGCAUGUUGUUGUUGAAUACCUCACCCAAACUCUCCCCCCGCUGGCUUCUUCUCUAUAGGCUGAGGCCGUGAAUGGGGGCUGGGUCCUCCCCUCUCGGUAGCCAUUGACCGUGCUCCCUGCCUCCCUCGCCAUCCUUCAGCGUCACGUUGAGUCUGCACUUGUUGCACAGUCAACCAAGAGAAGAAGAGAUGUCAGCCUUCACCGCUUGUUGCAGAGCUUGCAGCCGAGGCUUGUACAGCUGCCGCUGGAAACGCUCCAGGAAAGGCGAGGAAAGUCAAUGUGCAUGCUGGUGGUUCUCUGUGGUCGCCCUCGUCACCCUGCUGGCCGUCUCCUGGAUGUACGUUUGUCUGGUCACGUCUAACGACCAAGAGGAUGUCAACUGGAAAGGCUUCGCGAAACUGAAGCGGUGGGUGAACUGGGUCGUCGUGCUGAUCACCACGUCUGCGGUGCUGACCAGUUACUGCGUGCUGCUGCUGCUUUUUGCCUUGUUCCACAUCGCCCUGAAAGAACCGCUCCACUUACACUGGCUUCACAAGUUCCUCCUUUUCUUGGGUUUGCUUUUCAUCUCUGUCGGCGUCAUCGGGAUAAGUCUUCAGUGGAAACGGGAAUGGCCGACCGUUCUUCUCUCGCUCCAGGCCACCGCCCCUUUCCUGCAGCUGGGCGCUGUCUGGGCUUUGGUUCUGCUCAGCCCGUUGGUCUUCCAGGGAUGCCAGGCGGCCAAAACCAAACCAGGGUCGGGGUUCCUGAUGGCGGCGGUCUACGCGGGGGUGUCAGCAGCCAUCCUCCUGUGUCCUUUGCUCAUCCGGUCACCGUGUCUCAUAGACCCCAGCGACCUGCCCCACAAACCCAAGCUCAUAGGCCACCGGGGCGCCCCCAUGCUGGCCCCCGAGAACACCAUCAUGUCCUUCCGAAGGAGCAUCGCAUGCGGCGUGACGGCCUUCGAGACGGACGUGCAGCUCAGUAAGGACGGAGUUCCUUUCUUGAUGCACGAUCAACACCCGGGCUUCCUGAGGAGAACCACCGACGUUGAAGACAAGUUCCCGGGCCGAGACUUGGACCUGAGCACAGACGUGACGUGGGCGGAGUUGGAGAGUCUGAAUGCGGGUGAAUGGUUCCUACAGACGGAUCCUUUCCGCUCAUUGUCGCAGCUGUCUGAAGAAGACAAAGAAGAAGCCAGGAAUCAAACAAUACCUUCUUUACUCCAGCUUCUCCUCCUUGCCAAGCACCACAACAUCUCCAUUUUAUUUGACCUGUAUGGUCCUGACCAGGAAAACCACACAGCGGACACCGUCUCCACCAUCCUGAUGUCCAAGGUGGACCCCAGCCUGGUCCUGUGGCUUCCUUCUCAAAUGAGAGACUACGUGAAAACAAGAGCUCCGGGUUUCAUCCAGAUCUACAACAAUGAGGAGGACAUGUUGGAGGAAGGAGGAGACCAUCUCAACGUGCAAUACAGCAAGCUCAGCGUAUCAGAGAUCAGGGCUCUACGCAGCCAAAACGUGACGGUGAACGUGUGGGUGGUGAACGACUCCUGGCUCUUCUCGCUGCUGUGGUGCGCGGGGGUCAGCUCCGUCACCACCAACUCCUGCCACCUGCUGAGGGACAUGCGGCGUCCCAACUGGGUGAUGCCUCACGCCACGUACAGCGUCCUGUGGGUGACGGUGGAUGUCGCUGCCGUCGCCGUGGCGACCGUACUGUACUUUGUCCAGCGGAAACGCCUCUGCUGCCACAGGGAAGUGUCCAGGAAAGACCAGAAUUCCUGGAAUGAGAAAGAACUGUCCCCCUUCUUCCCGGCCGUGUAGGAUCAGCAUAUCAUGCACCGUCAGAGCAUUUGGACGUCUGUGAAGAAGACAAAGCUUGUUAGCAUAAACUGUUAGCAUAAACAUUUCUACCUGCUGUGUUUAUUAUUCUGCUGUGCUGGUUGGUCUUCCUCCCACAGCGUCUCCUCCUCCAGGGGUGUCCCCACUCUGCUGUCUGGUCUUUGUCCUGGUUGUCCUGGUUGUCUGCAGUCUUCUUCCAUCCUUGCAUGUCUCUAAUGUGUUCGUCUUUUGGACAUUUGGACAUUUUGGACAUUGACUCUGAUGUCCUUCAAAGUCCCCCAUGAACUUCCAUUUCUAACAUCCAUCCCCAAAUGUUCUCCAUUGGAUGGCCCACAAGAGUCAGCUUAUUCCUCUUUGUCAAGCGCAGCGUUGUCACCACACAGACUCGGUCCUCCAGUCACGAUCUCCACUUAGCCGGCUGCCGUUUGACACCCCUGCACCACCUAAAGCUCCAUUGUUCCAUUAGGAUGAUGAUGGUGGAGAACAUCUCAGGUGGGACCUCCUUGUCAUGCCAGUAACGUAGGAAGCCAUCAGGAGUGUCCAGGGAGAAGAAGACUUUCUUCCACCUUUCAAUGUCCCAUGUUUGGUGCUCUCCUGCCCAUUCCAAACCUUGAAGGAGACCAGGCCUUUGGAGAUGUUUCUUCUCUGGCAGAUGGCGUCUGAUUGGGGCCCGGGAUGGUUCCGUGUCUUGACGGGACAGCCAAUGGGAUCCUCCGGCUCAUUUUUUGUAGGUCUACCACAUCCUGACUGUCACCCCAUCGGGGUUGCCAUGACGUCCUCCCGACUCCUCCAGAGGGUUCCUGCCAAGCAUCAGCUGGAGCUGCCACAUCCUGACUGGCAGGUCUACUAACCGGAAGCGUCUUGGUCCAACUUCGAGGUCUAACCCCUCCAUCCGCGAAGUCAUGCGCCAUUGAAGGGUAAAAUGUUUUGAUUUUGUGUAAUCAUGUUUUUAUGUUAAUGUGAAUCAGCGCAAUCAAACUUUGUUUUCUUUUCCUGAUUGCGACAUCAGCUCAGCCGCAGUGCAUGCUGGGAGAAGCCAAAUGCCAAAAGCCUUUUUGGAAAAUUGCAAUUAUAUGACAGUGUGACUUCCAUCAGGAAGAUAUUGUUCUGUUACGUCAUUUACCAAAAA